UAUAUGCAUAUGCGGAUGUGUGGCUGUAUAUUUAUAUAUUUAUACGUAUCAUGGGUGCGUGCGACUGUGUGUGCCAAUAUAGAGUUGUGUGUGUGUCGGGGGUGUGUAAUUAUAUGCAUAAUAUAUGUGUGUUCAAUAUGUCUAUGUGUUCUAUAUAAACUGUGUAGAUGGGGAUGGUUUUCCUAUCCGGCUGAGGUUUACUUCUCCAGCCUAUUGUUUCAGACAACAGAUAUAAGUUGCGAUGGGAGAGGAACGUCGGGUUUGGUGUCUGUCCCCCAUUUCCAAUUAUAGAUGGAUCAUUACAGACAGAGAAGUACUGAGAAUCCAGACAUCUGCUCUUCACAUGAAUGCACUCACCUCCUAGAGAACAGCCCGCCAUCAUGCUCUGGAAACUGGUCGAAAAUGUCAAGUAUGAAGAUAUCUACGAGGACCGCCAUGAUGGCGUGCCCAGUCACAGCUCUCGGCUGUCCCAGCUGGGCUCGGUCUCGCAGGGACCCUACUCAAGCGCCCCUCCGCUGUCUCACACCCCGUCCUCGGACUUCCAGCCGCCCUACUUCCCGCCGCCCUACCAGCCACUACCCUAUCACCAGAGCCAGGACCCUUACUCCCAUGUCAAUGACCCCUACUCCCUGAACCCUCUGCACCAGCCCCAGCAGCACCCUUGGGGGCAGAGGCAGAGGCAAGAGGUGGGCUCGGAGACCGGCUCGCUGCUGCCCCAGCCGCGGGCUUCGCUGCCUCAGCUCUCGGGACUGGACCCCAGGCGGGACUACCACUCGGUCAGGCGGCCAGACGUCCUGCUCCACUCGGCUCACCACGGCCUGGACUCCGGCAUGGGCGACGCGCUUUCUCUCCACGGCAUCGGGCACUCGGGGAUGGAGGACGUCCAGUCAGUAGAAGAUGCCAAUAACAGCGGCAUGAACUUGUUGGACCAGUCUGUCAUCAAAAAAGCCCGAUCCUAUGUAUGUUUACUCGGAAGUAAGUCCCAGUGUGUUCAACGGCGCUUACUCCCAGUUCCAGUUCCUCCAAAAUCUGUAACUUCCCUGAUGAUGAACAAAGACGGCUUCCUUGGUGGCAUGUCUGUGAACACAGGCGAAGUAUUUUGUUCAGUACCUGGGCGGCUCUCCUUGCUCAGCUCAACUUCCAAGUACAAAGUCACUGUUGGAGAAGUUCAGAGGCGCCUCUCGCCCCCAGAAUGUUUGAAUGCCUCACUUCUUGGAGGAGUACUUAGAAGAGCCAAAUCGAAAAACGGGGGCAGAUCGUUGCGAGAGAGGCUAGAAAAAAUCGGCUUGAAUUUGCCAGCCGGCCGGCGCAAAGCGGCAAAUGUCACCUUACUCACCUCCCUGGUGGAAGGAGAAGCUGUACAUUUAGCUCGGGAUUUUGGAUACAUCUGUGAAACUGAGUUCCCAGCCAAAGCUGUUUCUGAGUACCUGAACAGACAGCACACAGACCCUACGGAUCUCCACUCCAGGAAGAAUAUGCUGCUUGCCACAAAGCAACUUUGUAAAGAAUUUACGGAUCUCUUGGCCCAGGACAGGACACCCAUUGGCAAUAGCAGGCCCAGCCCCAUUUUGGAACCCGGGAUUCAGAGCUGCUUGACUCACUUCAGCCUCAUCACUCAUGGCUUUGGGUCCCCAGCCAUAUGCGCUGCCCUGACUGCUCUCCAGAACUACCUGACUGAAGCUCUCAAAGGCAUGGACAAGAUGUUCUUGAACAACAACUCUGCUAACAGGCACACUUCUGGGGAAGGACCAGCUUUGCCCGCUUGGCUUAUGAGCUUCUUCAAAGAGGACUAGAACUCCCUACACAUUUCAUCAGGUACAGAGAUGAAAAUCCACAAUUCUGACACUUUUCUUUUCAAAUCAAAGCCAGUUGUUUUGGAAUUCUGCAGGUGUACUUCUUUAAAGAAGCUCAAAGGGAAUAGAUUAAGCAAGGCAAAGGCAACUGAAUGGGCAAUGUCAUAUUGAUAGGCAAAUGCUAAUUUAUCCAAUAUAUAGAAAAUUUUUGGGGAGGGCCAAUAAUAUUUGAUGCACAGAAUAACACAGGUUUGCUAAGUGUCUUUAGAGGAGAAGGAUGGGACUGAAGGUAAAGAGGAUUCUUGAGCAUUUCCAGCAGCUUUGUUUAAGGAAAUCUCUUCCCCCCAGGUUAUUAAAUGAGUUUUGCAGUUCUUGGUUUAGAAAACAAACAACAUGUCUUGGGAUGAGGGAAAUCAACCAAAUUCCAAGCAUUUGCAGAAAUUUAAGUGCAUUACAGUAUAUUUUAUAAAUGAGAUUUUAAAAAAGCUUUUAUUUCCUUGUUUGGAAUACCUACUAAAGUUAUACGUCAGUGAAAGAAGAUGAAUUUCACCUUGCAUGUUAUCAGCUUGGAAAUACCUUGUUGACUUGAUAAUGGCUAUGGUGUUCCAUGCAUUUUGAAAAAUCACUUCCCUUUUGUCACAACAGCUUAUGUCUAUACAUCAUUUUGACUUAACGUACUGAAUUCAUGCUAGGAGAUGAGAAUAGGGUUAACACAUUACCAUGGCUGUAAGUUCCAUUAUUUUUGGUAGAACUUCGUUCUCCUUAAGCGAACACUUAUGGAUGCGGUCCAUCUGUUUCACAGGGUAGUGUUUUACAUUUGGAAUUCAGUUUUCAAAAGCAAUUUGGGUCCUUGCAGUUUUUAAUUUAAAAAAUAUGAAGGGUUAUUUCUCACAAUGUAAACUUUAAGAGGACUAGAAGUGACCAGUGCCCCAAUUGAAAUGGCUGCACAUGUCUGUUUCACCAUGUGUAUAAAUAUUCAACACAUAUUCAGCAUAUAGCAGAAUGAUGCAGCCAACUGGAGUUCUGUAAGGCAUAUACACACAGUGAAAUAUGAAUGUGUAGUUGCUUGAAACAUGAAGACGUACAUUCUGAAUUCAUUACCUACUGUGUUCCAAACAGUAUCAUGCACAAUGCAACUGCUGAAUUACAGUACGCACACUGUGUUUUAGAACUGGUCCCUAAGAUCUCUUAUUUCCAACCUUUAUAAACCAUAAUGUACUUGAAAUUAAGCCAAUACUUUACCAUUGGAUAUUUCUGCCUGCACCGUGAAGUAAACUGUGUGUUGAUAUUUGUAAUCAGACAUAUUCAGAAGGUGAUUAACUUGGAGUACCUGUAUAUUGGAUGUGAUCAAUUAUCUAGGAAGCGAGUUUAAUCAAAAUCAGUAGAACUUCCAAUGGGCCUUGGUCUAAAUCUAUUUCAGUUCAGCCGUGGGUGGAGCUUUCUUUACAAACUGAUCCUAAAUGCACACCUGUAUGCAUGUGAAUUUGCAACAUUGCCAAGUUACGGUGCUGGUCCUCAAGUUGCUAAUUUUAGAAUGUCACUAGAACAAAUUAUGCAGGAGAGACUGGGCAUAGUACUCUACAGCAGUAUUGGAACCCAGACUGUCAUACAAUUCAUGAAAUGAGUUGAUUAAUCAUAUGAGUUUUAGCUGAUUCAUUGAUUAAACGUUGGCCAAAACAAUUGCUAUGAAGCAAGAAGCAUAGUUUUGCUUUUAGAUAGUGAACACCAUCUUAUCUGAUGCAUUUUCUCCUAUUUGAGAGAAAAGCAGGAAUUAAGAUGGUGUUUAAUAUGGUGUAUUGUUUUAAUAUUUUCCAAAGAAUCAGGACACUUAAAUGUUUAAAAUAUUAAUUGCUUAAAUUCAGGCCCCCUAGUUGGAACUACUAUCGGUGGGGCUGCUUUCGUUCCGUAACUUCAGGCACAUCCAACCAAAGUUGGUCCCAUUUAGUUUCUGGGAGAAUCAAGCAUAUGUUUAACUUGUUCCUAUUGAAAUCAGUGGGACUGUAAUGUGCUUAAUGUUGACUAAACCUCACCCCACAAUUUUUGCAUCCUAUAUUUCUGAAAUCUACAUUCUGUCUGUGUCUUUUGUACACUGUACCAUCUCAAAAGAGGGAGGAAGAACGUAAAUGCACCUUUAUUUGCAGUUGUUACCCUAAAGGGCACUUUUGAGGAGCUGAAGACAGCUGUGAUAGUAAUUAAUGCUUUCCUGUUCCCAUAUUUGUUAGCUCUGACUCAGUACACCAUCCUGGACAAUUUAUAAAUGUAACACAAUCACCUUUAUGCAUCACAAGUAUAAUUUACUAUGUUUCAGUCCAUUGAUCUGAACAUGCCUUGCACAAGAAAGAACCCCAACUUAAUAUCUAUAAAAAGGCCACCUGAAGAAAUAUUUCAGUGACUAAAAA